AAAGUAGUUGAAAUCGAGCAAUUGCCGUCGAAAAAAAGAAAUAGUGAAGACGAUGCGUGCCGCUAGUAUUUGGGGCGUCGGUGUCGGACAAAAAAAGUUGUACGUGAGGAGUGUCGCGUACUGGAGAAGGUUCUGAGUUCUGAGCGCGCUAGCAUCUGGUUUGAGAGAGUCUUUGCUGAGAGUAUAGUCUGAGAGUCUCUCUGGUCUCUCAGUCGGUGAACUGUUGCGCUACAGACAUGAUUAUCGGGACUAGGCCAGUCCUAGUGUUGCUGUGUGCAUGUGCCGGUAUGGCCUCAGGUUCCAUGCUUGGCUGCUUGAGCGGCGAGGUGUCAAGAGCUCUACACCGGCUUGCCUCCUCGCAAAAACACUCCUUCUAUCUGCUAGAAGGACUGCAUCUGGACAGGAAGUUCGCCCACAACACCUCUAACAACACUGACACUGACUCUGUCACGGACUCUAGCACUGCGCUCACCGGUCAGGCUGAUCGACUAUUCGACGACCAUGAUCUUCUGCUAGAUUUGGCGCCCCAACUGCAGCUCAGGGUUUCCAAGGCAGCCGAUGGAAACUAUGCCUUGUCGAUGGGCCAGCCAGAGGGAAGAACAUUCGGUAUUGGAGCUAGGAAGAGGCUGCAAAUGGCAUUGUUGCCAAUUAUGUACAAACUGGGCGUUAUUACCACACUGCUCGUUGGUCUGACUGUGCUCACUCUCAAAGCAAUCACCAUAGGUGUGGUGCUGUUGAUUCUAGCCUUUGGGGGCAUCUUCACCAAGAUCAAAUCUUCGCCCUGGGAUGACCACCAUCAUGGCGGACACCACAAGGACGUUCACAUCCACGUUCAUCCCUUCACGAAGCCGCAUUGGUACAAGAGCUGGCACAGACAGCAGGAUUCCCAGGACUAUGACGCCCUGGACACCAAAACAGUCAACACCAAGGUACCAGCGCCCUCGUCAUAUCAUCAACAAUACUCCACAUAUCACCAGCCUACUGCUCAAUCACAAUAUAAUUACCACCAGCCGCAACAUUACAACACACCCACCUCUCAAACCUAUCCGUCUUCGUUUGGACAGCUCAUAGACUGACAUCUAACCUGAAAAACCUCCUCGUUUCAUGAUUCAUCCGACUCAAACAUGCGAAUAAUCUCUCCAUUUCUUCUCUCAAACAUAUCAUACGUCUAUUGAACAGCUGAUAGACUGACAUCAUCAGACUCAAACAUGCGAAUAAUUUCUUAUCUCAAACAUAUUCAGCUUUUAUUGAAAAGCUGAUAGACUGGCAUCUGAUGUAAACAACGAUCUUGAUUCUUGAUUCAUCUGAUGUAAACAACGAUCUUGAUUCUUGAUUCAUCUGAUGUAAACAACGAUCUUGAUUCUUGAUUCAUCCGAUGUAAACAACGAUCUUGAUUCUUGAUUCAUCUGAUGUAAACAACGAUCUUGAUCCUUGAUUCAUCUGAUGUAAACAACGAUCUUGAUUCUUGAUUCAUCUGAUGUAAACAACGAUCUUGAUUCUUGAUUCAUCCGAUGUAAACGACAAUAUUGAUUCUUGAUUCAUCCAAUGUAAACAAAGAUAUUGAUUCUUGAUUAAUCUGAUGUAAACAACGAUCUUGAUUCUUGAUUCAUCUGAUGUAAACAACGAUCUUGAUUCUUGAUUCAUCUGAUGUAAACAACGAUCUUGAUUCUUGAUUCAUCUGAUGUAAACAACGAUCUUGAUUCUUGAUUCAUCUGAUGUAAACAAUGAUCUUGACUCUUGAUUCAUCUGAUGUAAACAACGAUCUUGAUUCUUGAUUCAUCUGAUGUAAACAACGAUCUUGACUCUUGAUUCAUCUGAUGUAAACAACGAUCUUGAUUCUUGAUUCAUCUGAUGUAAACAACGAUCUUGAUUCUUGAUUCAUAUUAUGAUGUGAAAAACGAUCUUGAUCCUUGAUUCAUCUGAUGUAAACAACGAUCUUGAUUCUUGAUUCAUCUGAUGUAAACAACGAUCUUGAUUCUUGAUUCAUCUGAUGUAUACAAUUAUUGACAUUUAUUGAGCAGCUGAUAGACUGGCUUCCAACUCAUGCAUGGAAUUUGUGCUUAUGACAACAAUUCUCUCGAGGAUUGAUAAAGAGUUCAAGAAGGUUGAGAAAUUUUAGAUUUCUGAGAGAUGAAAUCAUUAAUGUUUCAUUAAACCGUACAGAAAAUAUAGGUACUAAAGCUAGGUUCAACCUCUUAUUUCAUGAUUGAAUUAAGUAAAUAGCUCUUAGAAUAACUAUGACGAUCCAAGCAAAUUUUCUCAUAGAUAAGUCCAAAAAUUGUUCGAUUCAGGUGCUGGUGUUUUGGGUUUAAAUCAUUUCAACUAUUUCUCCAACGAGUUUCUUUGAUAUAAGUUCUGUAAACGCUUUGUCUUUUCUAAAUCUCAUCGGUACCUAUUUUCAAUGCAGCAGUUAACUGGAUCAAUUACUUAAAUAAUUAAUAACAUUGUAUUUGGGUAAGGGUGCGAUUUCGAACGUUCAUUGAGGUUUAGGGUGUCAAAUCUCCAAUCUACAUACCUCAUCCAGUCUGUGAGGGUUCCAUGUA